GAGGAAAUAGAAAGAAGAGAGAGAGAGAGAGAGAGAGAGAGCGCCGGAAACGAAAAACAGAGAUGAGACCGGGAAAAUUAAAAAAAAAAAAUUUAGUGUUCUUUCUCUAUAAAUAAAUUGUUUUUUUUGGUGAUCGAGCAAAGUUGUCCCGGUUAUUCAUGCGAGUGACGCCAUCCUAGUUCUGGGCGUAAUCUCUGUCUGGAAUAUCCAUGGAAGCGAAGCAGCGAGAUGGUGUGGGCCUCAGCAGUCCCUUGCUGAAUGGUGAAGCACCACCGAACAAAGAUGCUUCUGACGGCGAAGCCAGCCUCGGCUCCACCUCCUUCCUCAAGACUUGCCUUAAUUGCCUUAAUGCCUUAUCAGGAGUUGGGAUACUCUCCAUUCCAUAUGCUCUAGCAUCUGGAGGAUGGCUCAGCUUAAUUCUUCUUUUUAUCAUUGCCUUGGCAACUUUUUACACUGGUGUGUUGAUCAAAAGAUGCAUGGAUAUGAAUCCAGGAGUCAAAACCUAUCCUGAUAUAGGUCAUUGCGCAUUUGGAAGGAAAGGAAAGUUUGCGGUAUCAAUAACCAUGUACACUGAACUUUACUUAGUCGCAACAGGAUUCUUAAUCCUAGAAGGGGAUAACUUGAACAAUAUAUUCCCCAAUAUUGUCAUUGAGUUAGCAGGCGUCUCCGUUGGUGGAAAGCAAUUCUUUGUGUUACUGAUAGGCCUUGUCAUUCUGCCUUCGGUUUGGUUGAAUAACUUAAAUCUUCUCUCGUAUAUAUCUGCGAGUGGUGUGGUUGCUUCUGUUAUCAUAAUUUGCUCCAUAUUUUGGACCGCAACGGUCGAUGGAGUUGGAUUUCACAACAGUGGGACCCUUAUUGAUUGGGAUGGCUUCCCUACUUCUGUCAGCUUGUAUGCCUUCUGUUAUUGCGCACAUCCAGUCUUUCCCACCUUGUAUAAUUCGAUCAGGAAGAAACCUCAAUUCUCCAAUGCGUUAUUAAUGUGUUUUGUGCUAAGCACUUUUGGUUAUGCAUCAAUUGCCAUCUUUGGUUACCUGAUGUUUGGUUCAGAGGUACAGUCACAGAUAACGUUAGAUCUACCAAUAAACAAGUUUAGUUCAAAAGUUGCAAUAUUUACUACUUUGGUGAAUCCAAUAUCCAAGUAUGCUUUGAUGGUGAUACCAAUUACGAAUGCUUUGAAAGGGUUGCUACCUCGAACUUCCAAGAGCAGGCUCACGAGUGCAUUGAUAAGCACGGCCUUGGUAAUCAGUACAGUCAUAGUUGCCCUGGCUAUUCCUUUCUUUGGAUACCUCAUGUCUUUAGUUGGAGCAAUUUUGAGCGUCACAGCUUCAAUUUUGCUGCCAUGCUUGUGCUACUUAAAGAUUUCAGGCACAUAUAACAAAUUUUGUGUUGAAACUGUAGUUAUAGUGGGAACAAUAUUAACAGGUGUAGUGAUAGGAAUAUUUGGUACUUACACUUCUGUCCUAAAUAUUAUCAAGCAUUGGUAGUCAUAUGCAGUGUUGCAUUUUGUUGAGAGAAAGUUAGUGGACCUAUGGUUGUGAGAUGCAGUAUUUGAGCAUGCAUCCCGAAGGAUUUGACUGUCAAGAAGAGUCAUGGUGGACUGUUGAUUUCCUGGGUAGCUGGAUGGGCAAGAAUGAUUCCACGAACCCCAAACCCGAUUGGCUAUAAUUUUGGAUGAGGAUAAUUCGGUUGAUUCGAAUGCUGCUGGCGUAAGGGAGAGUAGGUUGAUGUAUUUGCAUCCCGAAUGCUGCUAUAAUUUUUUUUUUUCCCAGUUAGGAGGUAGAGUUUUGUAGUAGGUUGAUGUAUUUGCUAACAUUUCGUUCUGCCUUUGUCUCUGGUUGUUGUUUGAUGUACAUGUUUGUUUGGUAAUAAUGAAGUAUUUGU